CUAUAAAAUUAACUUUAAACUAUAACAACUAUAGCCACAAUAAAAUUAAUUUUAAAACCAGUAAUAACAACUGUAAAAUGAAUUCCUUUCAACAACAUUCAUCCUAUAACUCGAGCAGUAGAGGGUCAAAUAAUAGUAAUUCAUCCAAUCAUUUCCACCAUCACCAACAUCACAAUAAUAGCCACCAUUUUCAUCAUCAACAAAUUUCAACACAAUUCACCGGUAACCAACAACCUGUAACAUUUUUAUCAAUAUUGAAUGAAGGUAAAAUUCAACUUGGUGAAGUUUCCAACUCAUGGGGUCAAAAUGGAGAUUGGGUACUAAGAGCACUUGUAAUGUCUAUUAAUCAAUUGCUAUCAAUAAAUGACCAAUAUCCAAAUAACCAUUCACAAUUUUUACCAGAACAUAUGAAACUCCCAAUGAUUACAAUAGAGGGUUAUAUUGCAAGAAUAAUAAAAUAUUCACCAUGUUCAAAAGAAUGUUUUAUAAUCAUCCUGAUGUAUAUUGACAGACUUAUCCAAAAGAGAAACUUUAUUGUAAAUAGUUAUAACAUUCAUAGAAUUUUAAUCACAUGCGUUUUAGUUGCUGCAAAAUAUUUAGAUGAUAUUUUUUAUAAUAAUCAAUUUUAUUCACAAGUUGGUGGUGUUAGUGUUAAAGAAAUAAACACAAUGGAAAUAGAUUUAUUAAAACUUCUAUCCUUUGAUGUCAGUGCUAGAGUAAAUGAAUAUACUGUUUAUUUUGAACAUUUUAAAAGCUAUUGCGAAAAAUUACAACUUACCCUCAAUUUCCAACCAAAUACCAAAGGUUUACCAGAACCAAUCCCACUUGAAUUACAUAUGACAACUACCUCAAAUAAAAAUAACAACUUGUCACCAAACAAUAAAGAAAAAGAAAAGGAAAAAGAUAAAGAAACCAAUACAAACUCAAAUAUUUCGAAUAACAAUUUAAUAAUAAGCAGUAAUAAUAAUAAAUCGAAUGUAAAUAAUAACAACCCAAACGAUAAUAACAACUCUGUAAAUAAUAACACAACUAAUAAUAGUGAUAAUUCAAAUGAUGAUAAAAUAAAAAAUAAUAAUACAAAUAAUAAUAACAAUAAUAAUAAUCAAUAUCACCAUCCUCUUCCAUUUCGAUUUCCUCCAGUCCAACCAAAUAUGGUGGCCUAAGAAAUUCUUUGUUAGUUUAUUAGGUUACAAAAGAAUCAAAUCUUCAAAACCUAAAAAAGAAAAAAUCGAAAAAAAAAGAAAAAUCUUAUAAAUAAUAUUUUUCAUUAUUAUUAUUAUUAUUUAUUUUUUUAUAAAAAUUAAAUAUUAAUACUUUUUUCCAAACUACAUAAUAUAUAAAAAUAUAUGUAAUUUUUUUAAAUAAAAUACUUUAAAUUAAAACU